AUGCUACCGCGCAAUUACUGUUUCCAAAAGUACCUGCAAGAGGGCUGCCGGUCAGGUGAGGACAGCGGGUUUCAAUCUCCGGGCCCAGCUGCUCGAACUGACGCGGCGAUUCCAGCAUCGUCAACAAUGGCCACCUUCCCUCCAUGCGGCUCCUAUGGCAUUUUCCGACUCGACGAAGACAUGGCACAUUUCUCUGCAAGGAGUGACUGCAAGUCUCCCGACGAAGCGGCACAUCAGAGCAGUCAAAGUUGUUCGGGGUCGUCGCAGUCGUUGAAUCAGAUCACUCUUCCCACUGUACUCGUUGAGGGCUUCCGUGAUGGCAAAAUACAACUCAACGUUCCUGGCGUCUUGCAAGACCUCUUUUCACCACCCGAUUCGAUAAAUGUGCAAUUCAAUAUUGGUACACCGAUUGAAGAAUUGUCAGAUAUGGACAUUUCAGAUUACCAGCAUUUACUGCACGCCGCGGAAGUCAUACACAGGUGGAAAUGGAAGCAGUACGCAGGCGAAUCUCCCACACCUCGGUAG